UUACGUUUGCGCGUUGGCGUCAUUCCGCCUUGCUCGCCGGAAGGAAGCAGGGGAUUGUGGGAUCGCCGCUGACAGAAAGCCUUCCGUUACCAUCCCCGCUCUCUCGCUGUCAGCCAGUCCCCGCCAUGUCCGGCUACGCCGUCUCAGGCUUCUUCUCCGGCCCGGAGCUCCUGGAGGACCCGGCCCACGCCGCGGCCCUGCUGGCCCAGCUCAAAGCCUUCUACGACGCCCGGCUGCUGUGCGAUGUCACCAUCCGGGUGCUGGGAGGAGGGGGCAGCCCGGCGGAGCCCGGGGGCGGGGGGCCCGACAGCGGCCGCAGCUUCAACUGUAACCGCAACGUGCUGUCCGCCGCCUGCCCCUACUUCAAGAGCAUGUUCACGGGCGGCCUGUACGAGAGCAAGCAGCAGCAGGUCACCCUGCACGACAUGGACCCCGAGGCCAUGGCCCUCAUCAUCGACUACUGCUACACCGGCCGCGUCACCGUCACCGAGAGCAACGUGCAGCGCCUGUACGCCGCCGCCGACAUGCUGCAGCUGGAGUACAUGCGGCAGGCCUGCGCCGGCUACCUGGCCCGCCGCCUCGACCUGCACAACUGCGCCAGCAUCCUGCGCUUUGCCGAUGCCUUCGACCACCCGGAGCUGCGCUCCCGCUCCCUGGCCUUCAUGGCCCGCCACUUCGAGCAGCUGGCGGUGGGGGAUGAGCUGUGCGAGCUGAGCCUGGCCCAAUUCAAGGAGGUGCUGACCAUGGACAACCUGGACGUGUGCAGUGAGAGGGUGGUGUGCAGUGCUGCUCUGCGCUGGAUGGAGGCCAACCCCAAGGAGAGGGCUGGUGGCUUCCUGGAGAUCCUACGCUGUGUGCGCUGGCAACACUUCACCGACAAAGACCAAGUCUUUCUGGAAGGACUAAGGUCCAAGCCGUGCCUGCGCAAAAACUGCCUGCAGUACCUGGAUGCCGUGCUGCAGGAGAAAGAUGGCAAGUUUGCCAUAUCCGCCUUGUCUUGUCAGGAGGGAAGCCCGCUGCGUAGGAUUGGCAUGCUCGCUAAGGAGAUGGUAAUUUUCUUUGGCCAUCGAAAGGAGCCGUUCUUGUGUUACGAUCCUUACUCGGGUGACAUAUAUACAAUGCCCUCUCCUCUCACUACUUUUGCACAUGGUAAAGCUGUGACGACUUCUGCCGUGUGCGUGUCACCUGAGAAUGACUUGUACCUUGCCACACAACCGAUGAAGCAGCUUUGGGUAUAUAGUCCUGUUCAGAACAGCUGGCAGCUGUUAGCGGAAAGACUGUUGUGUAGAGAAGGAAUGGACGUUGCUUACCUCAAUGGCUAUGUCUAUAUUGUUGGUGGUCGUGACCCAUCUACAGGUGCCAAGAUCAGAGAGGUGGAAUGCUACAGCGUGCAAAGAAACCAGUGGACAUUGGUAGCCCCACUACCUCACUCAUUCUACUCAUUUGGGCUGGUCACGGUCAAUGACCAUUUGUACGCUGUCAGCAACAAAAGGAUGCUAUGCUAUGAUCCUGCUCGCAACCAGUGGCUUAACUGUGCCUCUCUAAAACGGUGCGACUUUCAAGAAGCCUGUGUUUUUAAUGAUGAAAUUUACUGCAUAUGUGACAUCCCUGUGGUGAAAGUCUACAAUCCUUCUCGAGGAGAAUGGCGACGCAUCUGCCAAAUACCGACUGAAGGGAACACAAAUAACUACCAGAUUGUACGUCAUGGUUCAAAACUGUUGCUUAUCACCUGUACUACUGUUCAGUGGAAGAAGAACAGAGUUACUGUCCAUGAGUAUGAUGUGACAAAUGACCGCUGGCUUAAUAUUGGCACCAUGCUUGGCCUUUUGCAUUAUGACUGUGGUUCCACCUGCCUCUCUGCUCGUGUGUAUCCAUCCUGCCUGGAGCCAGGGCAGCGUUUCAUUACAGAGGAGGAUGAUGUUCGCAGUGAGUCGAGCACUGACUGGAUGGAUGGCUUCAGUGAGCUGGACUCAGAGUCUGACAGCCUCAGCUCCUUCUCAGAAGAUGAGUGGCCAAGGGUUUCAGCAAGGCAUCGGAUAUACGUAGAGGGCUCUUUUUAAUGGCUAUGCCGUAAUUUUGCUUGGCACACAAACCGUAUUUUGUAGAGGAUUUUUUUUUCUGCCGCUUUGUAUAGGUUCCUUUGACAAACUGAAAGUGAACAUGCUUCACUUGUUAAUGCAUCCCAUCAUACAAACAGCCUACACUGCUCUCCCUUUUAAAUUAAACUGUAAUAUUUUGUUUAAGAGAUGGAAAUGUGUUCUGUAUUGGGAAAAGCUUGUUUAAUAUAUUUUUCAAUGGUGCUAUUGUCUCUUUAUGAUUUAAUAUACAGAUUAGUUGUGUGGUUUGUAGAAUAGGUUUUUCUGAGCACAAGGUACAGUAUUCGUUUCAAACAUGCUGACCUUUAGGUUGCUUAGCAAAAGAGAUUAAGCACCAAUUUAUGUGUAACAAAACAAAAUCUAGAAUUCUUACAAAAAAUGUGAAUGGACAUAAACAUAUUUGCCAUAUAUAAAUGUUAAACUCAUUGUACAUAUUUGUCACUGCCUUUUGGUGUCUAACCAAAUCUAGAAGAAUUACAUUAAAAUAUUGUAGUAAUGCAGAUAUGGGCAGGAGUCUACUUAGGAUGUCAUCCCAAAACCCCAAGGACUUUAAAGCUAGCUGCAGAUUAGUGAAAUU